AUGGCUACAAAACAAAUGGAAGAGAUACAGAAGAAACUAGGAAUGUUGAAUUACCCACGAGCAAAUGCUCCUGCUCAAUCUCUUCUCUUUGCCGGCAUGGAACGCUAUGCUCUUCUUGAAUGGCUUUUCUUCAAGCUAUUGGGCGAUAAAUCUCCAUUUUCACAGCAAAAUCCACAAGGAGAUGCCAUGGAUCGUGAUGAAGAGACUUCUCGAAUUCAAUAUUUGGCUGAGAUAGCUAAGUUUCUUGGUAUUACGACCACUAUAGAUACAGAAGCUAUACAAGGAAGAGGUAGUUAUGAAGAUCGUACUGAAAUGCUUCACCUUAUUGUAGAUCUUGUUGAGGCCAGCAUUUAUGCUGAUAAUCCUGAGUGGAGUGUCGAUGAACAGGUAGCAAAGGACAUACAGCUGAUAGAUGCCAUAGCGGAGAAACAAGCUCAGAUCUUUUCUGAGGAAUGCAAAUUAUUUCCUGCAGAUGUACAAAUCCAAUCAAUUUAUCCCUUGCCAGCUAUAUCUGAUUUGGAGAAGCAGCUUUCUGAUCAAUCAAAUAGACUUUUGAGUCUGCAAGAGAUGGUUGACGAUUUAGCAUCCAAGCAUGCGUACAACCCAGAUGAGGACUACACAGAAGUAGAGGCAAAAUUGCGAGCAAAUUUGGAAUCUUUUCUAGAAACUGCAAAAUCGUUUAACUCCAUUUACACGAAGGAAAUUCGCCCCUGGACGCACAUGAUGGAGGUUCCACAAUUGCAUGGAUUUGGUCCAGCAGCUGAUAGAUUGUUGGAAGCAUAUAAGAUGCUUUUGAAGUUUUUAGGAAAUUUGAAGAAUCUUCGCGAUUCAUACACAGCAGUUGCGGUUGGAUCUUCUGAAAUAGUUGGUGGUGAGCCUUCUUCAGUUACAAGAAUAAUCUCUGAGUGUGAAACAUCGUUAACUCUCUUGAAUCGCGAUCUUGGAAUUCUUUCUGCCUCAAUUGCUCGUGAGCGAGGCGAAGACACCAUGCUAUAA